UCAUUAAGACUCAUUUCAUUAUAACCAUUAGAAUUUUAUUUUUUUUCUUUACGAUUUUUCUUUCAUAAUAAGUAUAAUAAGGUUUUUAAAUUUAGACCUUUUCUUUUAAAUGUUUACAUUUCAUUUUCAACAUGACAGCUGCAACAGCAAUUCGAUCAAUGGCUCUUAAAAUGGCCGAAGCUUCAGUAGCGGCUUCUAGAAAAGGUCGCGUUCAGAAAGCGGCAAUGACAUUGACUCCUUCAGCAGUAAAUCGACUUCGUCAAUUAGUUGAAGGUCCUGAUCCUAAAUUAAUUCGUGUUGCUGUUAAGAACAAAGGUUGUGCUGGACAAUCUUACGUUUUAGAAUAUACCAAAGAGAAAGGACAACAUGAUGAGAUAGUAAAACAAGAUGGUGUUACGGUUCUUGUUGAACAUAAAUCUCUUUUUAAACUCAUCGGAAGUGAAAUGGAUUAUGUAAAGGACAGAUUAUCAUCUAAGUUUGUAUUUAAUAAUCCCAAUGUUAAAGAAAAUUGUGGAUGUGGUGAAAGUUUUUCAGUAUAAUAAUCAACUUAUCAUUAUUACUUUCAAAAGGACAAUUUCAGACCAUAAGAACUAGAUUUUUUAAUAUUAUUUUUUUUAAUACUUAAUAAUAAUUAAAAAUAAAUUUAAUAAUUUUAAAUCAAGUUAAUAGCCGUUAUAUGUUUUCAUUUGUUGAUUUAAAAUUUAUUGGCUAUUUCAACUUUUCCAAUUAUUCUAUUUAUUUUUAACUAUUCUAAUUAUUCCAACUGCUCCAUUUGUUCCAAUUAAUAAAGAUUACGAAGAAAUUUUAACGCAAUUUCAGAAAUUCAAUUAAAUUACAAUUAUUAAAAAGUUUU